AUGCACAAGCCACCGCUCAACAUUCUGAGGCCUCCAGGCGGCCCCCUCCUCCUGGAUAAACAAAUCCAGCUGCCCUCCAUUUUCCUCCAGGAAGGAAAAGGGGAGUCUUCUGCCCGAGAUGCGAAUGCUCAGGGACAAGAUCCAAGCCUGCAGUCACCCCGCCUAGAGCUGCAGUCACAUGCAUGGCCAUGCCACAAUGCAGGGGCGCCUCAGGAGCCCCAGAAAAGUUCCUACAGUGACCUGGGGAGUAUCCGGACCAGUGACAGCUAUGUGUCAAGCAUGAGACACCUCAGCCCCGAGAAAUGCAGUAACGUCAGCCUGGCGAGCAGCGGGUACGCGGCAGAUAAGGAGAACAGCGAGGUCAGCUUGGUGGACAGCGGUCGAGUUUCGAGGUUGAGUAGAAGGCUCAGCAACCAAGUGGGCAGCACCCAGACCAGCCAUCUGUGUGCCACCUACUCUUCUAUCCAGUUAAAAAGCCUGCAGACCGGCCAAGCCGAUAACAGCAAGCAGACUGGAGGGGAAAAGUGA